AUGACUGAUCUCAUUCAGGGCAUCGCCCACACUGUCCAGGGCAUCGUUGAGAGCCUCGUCGCUAUUGUCCAGGCUGGCUUCCACGUCGCAUACACCUUUGUGCACGGCCUCCUCACCAUGCUCUGGAACACGAUUGACAGCUUUGCCACCUUCCUCGGCGCCUCUGUCAACUUUGUCUUUUCCAACAUCAUCCUGCUGGUGGUCCUCGUUGUCUUCUUCAUCUUUUACCGCAGCAGCAACAGCGCCAAGGCUGCCGUCUCCAAGGGCACGGGCAAGAAGAAGGCAGAGUGA